UUCAGCGCACCGGAACUUCCCCGGUUUGGGCUGCUGCGCGGCGGAGAGGAGGAUGCGCACAAGACGCAGCGGCGGUUCCCGAAGUCUUGCGCUUGCACAGACCGACCUCUGAUCCGGCUUUUUCUUUUUGUUCUUUUUUCCCCUGAAUGACCCGGGCUCGUCCUGUGCGCGCCACUGCAUCAGGGUUUGUCCGGGACCCUCGCGAUGUCCGCUCCCCAGGGGCCCCUGAUGCUGCUGCUGGUGCUGGGUGUAUUGCGUGCGAGUGGGCAGACGGAGAUGAAGCGAGUGGUGGGCGAUAACGCCACGCUGCCUUGUCACCAUCAGCUCUGGCAUGCCGACACCUCACUGCUGGACAUCGAGUGGCUGCUGGUGAAACCCAACGCCAAGCAGAAAGCGAUCAUCACCUACUUUGCAGGGCGGAUCUACGACCCAAGUGAGGGCGAGGCAGGCAGGUUGACGCUGGCGGGGGAUUAUCUGAAAGGCGACGCCUCGCUGAUGAUCAGCGACCUUUCACUCACAGACUCCGGGGAGUACAGCUGCAAGGUGAAGAACGGAGGGAAGUACUAUUGGAAUACGGUCAACCUCAUCGUCCUCGUUAAGCCGUCAAAGCCUCGCUGCUGGAUGGAGGGACGGCUGUUGGAGGGCAGUGACGUGAAGAUGAGCUGCAAAUCCUCGGACGGAUCCGACCCCAUCCAUUACAAAUGGGAGAGAGUCCUGGACAAGGGAAGAUAUGUGGGAAAACUACCACCUCUCGCUCUCCUGGACCUGAAGAACCCGGAGAUCGUGACUCUAAGAAACCUGAGCCGAGAGAGUGCGGGCGUCUACAAGUGCACAGCCAGCAACGAUGUGGGAGAGGAGAGCUGCACCGUGGAGGUCAAAAUUCACUACGUUCGAGGUAUGGGAGUGAUGGCUGGUGCUGUGGUGGGCGUGUCCUUGGGCGUGCUACUCCUCAUCCUCAUUGUAUGGCUGGUGUUCCGCAAAAAGGAAAAGAAGAAGUAUGAAGAAGACGAGACGCCCAACGAGAUCAGGGAGGAUGCUGAGGCUCCCAAGGCCAAGCUGAUGAAACCCAACUCUCUCUCCUCGUCCCGUUCAGGAAGCUCUCGAUCAGGCACGUCCUCCACCCAGUCCAUGGUUCCCAGUGGUGCCCUGCGUGGCCACAAACCUCACCCACCCCCUCCUUCGAUGGGGCCUUUGAAAGACAGCGUCCAGCCUUCGACGUUGCCCGCCAUGCCCCCAGCGUACACGCAGGUCGCCCCGAAACUACCAGAGCUGCACAGCAGCCCCAAACUAAGCCCGGGCAACCUGGCACGGAUGGGUGCCAUGCCGGUGAUGAUCCCGGCGCAAACCAAGGCCUUCCAGACUGUCUAGAGAUCAACACACACACACACACACACACACACACACACCUGUAUACCGAUUUACUCUGGGGACAGCUAUCUGACACACACGAGCGCCACGCCACACUGGCGAUGAUGUAUCCCAGUCUAAUGAAAGUCAAAUCAUAACACACACACACACACACACACACUGUGAGCCUUUGAACCCAAUCAGUCUCACUAUAUCAAGAGAAAUAAAGCAAGCAAAGACAAAUAAAAAGGGAAAUAAAGAGUGAAGCCACUUGAAGCGUUCCUAAUCGCUGUGUCAAUAAAACACCACACAUAGGAAAUAAGAAGCGAUUGCCCCCUUGAUGUCGACAAUAAAGGAAAGUGGCGUUUCCUCCAAACACACGCCAUUUGUUUAUCGCUUUGAUGGCAGUGCAGGGGAUUCUGCAUGGCCCGGUGGAACGGUUGGUUUAUUUUUAACAAAGACAUAGCCAUUGUGAAGGAAAACAACACUCCAUCCAGCGCGAGGAGAACUUUCUCUUUCUCUACUCAAACUCCAGACCAGCGACGCAGCGAAGCGGCUCUGCUCUCACACACUCAAGGUGUUUGCAAGGACUUGUUCCAAACACCUGCUCUGUUUUCCUUUCUAGUCACGCUAAUAUGAUUGACUCCAAACCAGGAAGUGAAAUUGAAUCAUCCACAUGGCUGAUUUGUAAAUCUCAAUUUUUUAAAAAUUUCAUUAAAAACGUGUACAGUGAGGUCAUAAAAAGUCAUUUUUUACACAUAAUGGCAAAAACAGCAUGUUGUUCUUGAUGAAAAGCUUCAGACGCAACACUAUCACGCUGCAAGUGUUACAUUUGCUCAAAAACUGCAGUAAAGACACACACACACACACACAUGUUAAAUAGAUUAAUAGUAAAACAGUUAUGUAUUAAUAUGCAAACUGGAAACACCCCAAAUCUGACAUGCUCCGCCCUCCUGGUGUAGGAAAUCAGCAUUGUGCAAAGUGACGUUUCAGAUUAGGGCGGAGUUAGUGGAGUUCGUGUCCAUGCACUUGCUUAUGACUUGAUUUAAUAUGAAAUCAAAACAAAUUCCAAAUACUUGGACUUUUUUUUUGUUGUUGUUGUUUUUCUGAAUUUGUAUGAAUUUUUCAUGAGAUCAUGUCGAGAAAACGUUCUCGCAGAUCCUGCGUUUGCAUACCGGAACCUAAUUGGCUUUUAUCGUAUUCGAUCAUGUAAUAACUACAUGCUUGUUUUUUAAAUACUUUUUA